AAAAGACAAUUGACAAUCGAACGGAUCAAAACAAAACCAAAGGAAAAACAAAUUAUUAACUAUUUAUAGUAGUUUUAUAACUUCCUGAAAAUCUGAAAAUGCCAGAAAUAAUGAGUUGUGAUUUCGAAGUUCACGGCAUAGUUCAAGGUGUUUCAUUUCGAAUGUAUACUGAAAGGCAAGCAAAAUCUCUUGGAGUUAAAGGAUGGUGUAUGAACACGCCACAUGAUACCGUUAAGGGACAAAUCGAAGGGAGCCUUGAAGCCUUUGAGAAAAUGAAAGUUUGGUUACAAAAAACUGGAAGCCCGACAUGUCGCAUAGAAAAGGUUGAUUUCAGUGAACCGAAAAAACUACCRGACUACACAUUUACAAAUUUUUCAAUUCGUCACUAAUUCAAUUGUUACAUAUGUAAUGGUUAGAAUUUAAAGCAUUGCAAAGAUUUGCAUUUGGUAAUAAAAUAAAUCUUGUCAUUUAAAA